UUUAUUUCUCUCGCGCUCUGCACUUUCUGUUGCAUUUUCUUCCAUUCUUAUGUCUGCGUUCUGGCUCUUUUGCAGAAACUUUCUAACUGACAUUUCUGGUUAGUUUCAGAGAUUUCCAUUUAUGGGUCUGUUUCAGAGUAGAGGUCGGGUUUACAAGGCCAUGGAGGACGUGGAUCUUGGACCUAACAGUGGGGAAGAGUAUAUUUAUGCCAAUGUCAAAGCGCCUCGACUUGCCGGUUUUGUGAUAAAAAUCUUUGCUUGGAUUUUGGAAUCAAGGAUCAUUGGUUCCAUAGUAAUGCACAUAUUGAAAGCAGAUAAUCUCAUCCAUAAGCUUCUUACAUUUGCAGAGAUGAAGGAGCCACCAAUGUAUUAUCCCAGCUAUCCUUCGGAAGAUUUUGACGAGCAAGAAGUCAAACAUAUACCCUCUGGUCUAUCUCCAUGUGAACGAGUCCACCAAGUUGUGGAGGCAAUUCCCCACAGCCCUAGUGGCAUAGGUCAAUUUACUUUCAAAUUUCAUCGCUGGACCAUUUUGGACUAUUCGAGAGCUUACCAUUCUAGAACAAUUACUCCACGUAAUGUUGCAGAGCGACUUUUAGCUGCGAUUGAGGACUCAAUGAAGCCCCAUCUGAACAUGUCAUUCUUUAUUAGUUACAAUAAGGAAGAUAUUUUAAGACAAGCAGAUGAGUCAACGUCUCGCCACAUGAGAGGACAACCUCUUUCAGUGCUUGAUGGAGUCCCCAUUGCUGUUAAAGAUGAGAUAGAUUGCCUUCCCUACCCAACAACAGGCGGCAGCAAGUGGUUGCACAAGCUGAGAUCUUGCAAUGAUGAUGCAUGCUGUGUCAAACACCUGAGAAGUUGUGGGGCUCUUCUUGUUGGUAAGACAAAUAUGCAUGAGCUUGGCAUGGGGACAAGUGGAAUCAAUCCCCACUAUGGAGUUACCAGAAACCCUUAUGAUAGCACCAAGGUUUCUGGAGGUUCGUCAAGUGGCUCUGCUGCUGUAGUUUCUGCAGGAUUGUGCCCAGUUGCUCUUGGUGUUGAUGGCGGAGGAUCUGUUCGAAUGCCAGCUUCCUUAUGUGGUGUAAUUGGUUUCAAGCCAACAUUUCAGCGCCUCUCUCAUUCUGGUGUAAUUCCUCUGAAUUGGACAGUUGGAAUGGUUGGAAUCCUAGCUGGGACAGUUGAAGAUGCAUUAAUUGUCUAUGCAGCUAUAAGUGGCCAUCUUCCUUCUGGUCAAUUUAUUUCUGUACCGCCUGAAGGAAAAUUUCCUCUUCUGCAAUCGACACACUCAGUUUCCAAUCUGAAGCUGGCCAAGUGUGCCAAGUGGUUUAAUGAUUGCAACAAUGACAUACGUAGCUGUUGUGACCAAGCCCUAAACCAGCUAGUGGAGCAUUAUAAAUGCAAGACUGUGGAGGUAACUCUACCAGAGAUAGAAGAGAUGCGCCUCGCUCAUUAUGUGACAAUUAGCUCUGAGUGCAGUGCCUCAAUCCGUCCUUACCUUCAGAAAUUGGAUGUUGCAGAAGCAGGAUGGGAUACUAGAAUUUCAUGCUGUUUCUAUCGUGCUUUUAGUAGCAAGGAAUAUUUGAAUGCUCAACGCCUCCGAAAUAACAAGCUUCAAACACACGUGAAGAUAUAUCUAGAUGUGGACUUUAUCUUAUCUAGAUCCACUGGGGUAACUGCAUACCCUAUUCGUAAUGAUGCCUUGAAGUAUGGGGAACUUGACUAUAUAAAUGGAGCUGCGCUCAUUAGGUACCAGAUAGCAGGGAAUUUUCUUGGAUUACCUGCGAUUACUGUUCCGAUUGGAUAUGAUAAGCAAGGAAUGCCAAUCGGCCUUCAAUUUAUUGGGAGGCCUUGGUCGGAAGCAACACUACUCCAUCUUGCUUAUGCAAUGCAGGGUCUCUAUAGUGGAAGCUAUCAGAAACCAAGAGUGUUCUACAAUCUCCUUUCAAAGUGAACCACAGGCAAUUUUGGACUUUAAUGAUAUAUUGGGUAAUUUAUUUUCAUGUUUGUUAGUGGCUUUCGCAUGAAUUGCACAUCAUCUAAAAGAUAUUUCCAAAGAAACUUGUGAAGAUACUAAAUGAUUUAAAUCAUAUCAAGGAUCUGGUUGGACCAAUUUUCAUAUUUUUUAAUUUGAACCAGAGAGGUGUCUGGAAUCGCAUUAUUUGUUAAGUUGGAGAUGUUGGAAUUGUCA